AGGGCAAUUUUUCGUGUCAUCCGUUUUGGGUCGUUCGCUCUCUCUCCCUUCCGUCUAGGGCUUCUAUUCAUCUCCUUCACCGUGCGAGAGAGAAGAAGAGAGAGGAGGAGAUCAUGGGGUACGAUGCCAUGGCGAACUGCGCCUCGGCGAAUGCUUCGAUCCCACGAGACAUCUCCAAGAAGAAGAAGGGCAAUCGCUCGGCGAAAUUGAAGCAAUGUAAGCUCGAUGCGAGGCGCGAGCAGUGGCUCUCUCAAGUGAAGAGCAAGGAUGGAAAAGCAUCAAGUGCGGGAUCUCCCGCCUCCACCGCAUCUCCGCCCCGCCCGCAAAUGGUGAAGAGUGAUUUGGCGAUCAGGUUGAGAGAGGAGGAGCAGGACGGAUCGGACCUCCCACAGGAAAUGAGUAGUGAUUUGGAUUCCCCGAUCCAAAGCCCCAAUUCUCGAUCCUAUGAUGAUCGGUCUCGUAAGAGAAGUCCCGCCGAUGGUUCUAACAGUGGGAGCAGCGGCAGCUGGUCCAGCCAGAGAAGCAUUAACUUUCUCGAAGACGAGGACGGAGGGAAUGGUGACAAUUGGGAAGCGGUCGCAGAUGCGCUAUCAGCCAUCAACAGCCAAAACCGUCAAACCGCCACCGUCGCGGUGGAUACCACAGGGCCCACGGCUUCCCAUGUCGCCAUAUGUGCUCCUUCAGGUCGGCCCCCGUUGAAGCCAGAGCCUGUGUGGGGCGCACCCGGAGCGUGGAGGCCCGACGAUGCUUUCCGUCCUCAGAGCUUGCCCAGUAUAUUGAAACAGGGAGGCUUUGCUUCAAGCAUGGGGAGGCUUCGCGGAGCGGUUAGUGAGAAGGGCAUAUUGCCUCUGCCUUUGUCUUGCCCCAUUUGCUGCGAGGACUUUGAUUUGACUGAUUCGAGCUUCUGCCCAUGUUCUUGUGGAUUCCGCCUCUGCCUAUUUUGUCACAAGAGGAUUCUCGAGGAGGAUGGGCGGUGCCCUGGGUGCAGGAAACAGUAUGAUCACAUACCGAGUGGGUCGAUUGAUGUUAAUGCAGCAGUGCCUAUAUUACCGAUGCAAUUGCUCCGAUCCUGUAGCAUGAAUGCUAGAUACUAAAACUUGAGGGAUAUGAUUUAGUAUCGUAGUUGUUCUUGUUGGGCUGUUGUGUGGGAUGUGUACUAUCAGUAUACUAGAACUACAAAAGUUUCUGGUUUUAGGAAAGAAAAAGAGACUGAAUAUAUGCAUAGGGUUUGAAGCUCUAUGGAGUGGUCUAUUAGUAACUUGUGUGUGCUAGUAGGUGCUCUCCUACAUGAUAUGUGGUGCAUAUGUUUGCAGAAUGGAUAUUUUCUUGUUAAUAGUAUGGAGUUUAUAAAAUUUAGCUAUACAAUAUUAGUGCGAUA